UAAAUAAACGUUGAAAAAAAAAUUAAAAAAAAAAAAAAAAAGACAGAUUUUCAGUUUGAUGAGAAGUUGACGACGGACAGUCACGUUGCUCAGUGAGGCUGCCUGCCGGUCGAUUUCUCCCCCUUAUUUUUCGGUGAUAGAACAAUUCAUUUUUACUUUAGAAAGUAGUAAGUAGGCAAAAUCGCUGCAAAGGGGAGAAAGAGAGACUCCGAUCACACCCCAUGGGUGCAGGGAGCCCUCACACAGACUGCUCUAACAUACGGCAAGACAGGAUUCUGGUGAGCAACUCAGGGGAACUGAGGCACAUGGCUUCUCCCAGCGCUGCUUGUGUGGAGUAUUUUCGGGGAGCCGAGAACGUGGACAGCUCGCCACGGGGGGCUUCCCCAGCGCAGGGAACAAAGUGAGGCAACCUUGCCUCCCUCAUUCAGGAAGCACUGAUCGCUUUCUCACUCACUUCCGGUAUUCAUUCUUCUGUCCUCGGAGUCCGGCUCCCAGGACACGUCCAGGACCUCCAGGGGGCUGACUCCGUUCGGGAGGGUCAGGCCUGCAUGGGAACCACCUGCACAGGAGGACAGCGCGAGCCAGUAGGUCCCGGAGGAGCCCCUGUUCCCCCUGGCCCCCGCUGGCAGGGCUGUCCCUCAGGCCUGGGGGCUGCUGGUCACCCACAUGGAGCCGGGCGGGAACCGAUGGCCCAGAGAUCGUGGGUGCAGACCGUGGCCCAGAGAUCUGAGGGUACAGCUGCCACCCAGGUGCUCAGUCCGGGCAGCAGGUGUUUCUGUUACAGACCGGAGCUGCCGUCCCUGAAACACACCCAAUGCACGGGGUCCGCCAGGCCAGGCGGGAUCCGGGCCACAAUGUGACAGCCACAUCAUGACCACGAUCCCAGCUCCAGUUCCUGUGUGGAAAGGGGUGCUGUGGGGGUGAUGGGGCAUUCAGUCACUGUCCGGGUCGGCCUUCUGGCCUCAGCCGGACCUGGCCAGUAGCUCUGAACCCCAAAAGGAAGGGUCUGCGUGGAGGCGCCUCCCCUUGCAAAGGCCAGAAUGCCCCUUUGGGGGAUUUAUGUCCCGCCAUCCUGGCAGAGCGUGUGGUGUACCUGAGCCUCUCCUGUGUCACUGCAGAGCCCUCUGGCCUGGUGGCUUCCCUAAAAAUGCUGCAAAGCUUGCUCACCAUCUCCAGGCUAGAAGCCAGCUCCCAGCCGUCAGCGUCUCCUUCUGCAGACAUCCUACACUGCAUGUUAAAGAUACUGAGAUUUCUCUAUCCUUCCUACGGGCUUUUUUUUUUUGUCUUAAUUUUAUUUGAUUAUCAAAUGUCUGAUUUUUAUAUAACCCAAGUGAUUGAUAUUUUCUUUGUGACAUUUUCCCCAAUGCUUUGACGCGUAGGAAGUCCCUUAUGGAUUUUCUCUUCCCAUAUUUUUCUAACCCGUCCAGAAUUUACUUUUGACUCUAAUGCGACGUGAAGAUCCAAGUUUAUUGUUCUUCCCAAACAGCUAGCCAAGUUUUGCAACAGCAAAUGCUGAAGAACGUAGCACCUCCCCGCUGAAUUGGGCUUUUUGUUUUUCGGACCCUGGGUAGAUGAGCUAUCCCAUAGGCGGCCUUCAGGACAAGUGAAGGCCAAGGCCAGCCAACCCAGUGCGUGGACAGACCCAGGGGCCCACAGGUGAUAGAAGACGAUGCCAACAAGAAGCUCCUGCAUGGUGACCUCAUUAAAUGACCACCGGGGCUCAGACUCCACAAGCCAGGUGCCCUGCCCCCAAGUGGCUCAGAGUGAGUCUGCACUUAUAAGCCAGGAUUCCAGCAGCCGCUGAAUACGUGCCUCAGGCUUGUCGCCACUGGAAUUCUUAGGAACCUAAGACAAUAAUCCCGAAAGCUCGCCUUGUUUCCCGUACUAGAUGGUUCACUGCACCAGGACGGUGGCCACGUGCCUGAGCUUUCCACCUCCCGGGCAGGAGCGGUGCGUGUGCGCGGGACGGGACCUGUGAGGGAGGUGUCAGGGUGGGAAAUGACAUGUGGUCACUUCCAUUGCUACCAGCUACUCUGAGUCCCAGCCGGCGAGAGUGGGCUGCCCGUGCCUUCCAACAGACUAAGCACAUGUGCGUCCCUGGCGCUGUUUACCUUCUGCUUCCGAGUCCUGCGCUCAGAGGAUUGCUCCUAGCGUCGCUCCCGGGGAGAGCGAGCGAGCGAGCGAGCACAGGUCCCAUAUGAGGCAGACGGAUUUUUGUACGAAGAGAAACCUGGGAUGGAACAGUGGACGAAUGAAACGGGAUCCUUUCCUAAUGCAUCAAAGCUGUACAGGAAUCAUUUCCCUGUAUGACUGUAUUUUUGACAAGAGCCCAGGCUACAAUCAGAAGUUGCACCGAGAUGACCGAGAACAUGCAAAAAGCCUGGGGCUUCACGUGAACGAGGAGGAGCGCCAGCGGCCCGUGGCAGUGCUGACGUCCUCUGUCUAUGGGAGACGCAUCCACCAGCCCGUGGAGCCCCUGAACCGGGACCACGGCCGCGCCAACCUCGUGAAGGCGGACUUCUACAGGAAGAACGACAUCCCCGGCAUCAAGAGCCCCGGCUUUGGCCACGUUUCUCCAGCCUGACGGCCCCUGCCGUGGCCUGGACGGCAGGUGGCACAGACGGGCAGCGCCUGGACCUUGUUUCCCCCGCCACGGGGGCCACGGAGCCCGCUUGAAGCCACUUGCGCCUGGACGGGGUGGGGAGGGGGGGACGGGCCCUGAGGCCGCUUUCCCUCACGUGGCCUGCGGUGACGACCCCGUGAUCACCACGUCGUGGGAUCGCAUCCUCAGAAAUGAUGCUCGAGACUGAGCCACUGCCGGCACGUGAAUAAAAGGAAAACUUCCCACUUGAUCGCGGUCGGGUGACUUUGUCCACUGCCUCCCCGGGGAGGCGCUCGGGGCCUGCACACCCUCUCUCACCAGGAUGGAAACGCUGUUGCCUAUUGGCGCACACGCUGCUUCUUGAGUUUUCCUUCCUCCAAGAGGAGGUGUAAUGAAAUCGCCUUUCAGGACAAUUGCAGUCUAGAUACAACAUUCUCCCCCCAACACAGAGGUCUGAGCCGUAAAUAACAGGAGUUUGCACAAUUGAGGGCAAAACCCUAGUUGGGACGGGUGGCCCCAUGGCUGGCAAGGUGACGUCACUCCUCAGUGGAGAAGCAAAGGUCACGGGAAGAGAGAGACUGGGCUUUGAUGUUCAACAGGCUUGGGUAAGAUUGGGCUCCUGCAUUUUCCAGUGGCACGGUACGGGGCCCGUCGUCUCCCCUAGGCGAGCCCACAUUUCCUCAUCUUCAGACUGGGAUUUCCAGACCUUGACCGGUGCCUGUGGGGAUCACCGGGCCACCGGAGCGGGGUCCUAAUGGAGGCACAAAAGAGGCCAGUGCCGUUGCUCUGAAUCGUUUUCAUUUUGGGAACGGCUGCUUCUCACCCAAGUUGGAAACGUUUAUUUUGGAGAUAAUUUGAAACUUAUUCAAGUGUUAAGACACUGGCUAUAGUUUUAAUGAAAGGGUCUCUCGAAAGAAAUCAUCCCUCACCUCUGGUGAUUACAUGUCCCACAGCUUAGUGGUUAAUGAGCAGGUGAUCUAAUUAAUUUCUAUACUGAUUCCCCCAUGGCUGGUUUUAUUGUUUUGAUGCUCUAAGGGCAUUUGACACCGAAUUGUUGACAAUUUCAAGGCUGAGUGACUCCUACAGGUUUCUUUAUUCAUUUGAAAAAUGGUAUUUUUUUUCGCCAUAGGUGUUUUUUAUUAGUUCCACACACCCCGCCCCCAAACAACUAGGAAUAGUUUAUUUGGAAUGCCUUUGGGUACAUUAAGCCACGUAUGUAAUAACCUAAUAGAAAAUAUAUAAAUUUUGGAGUAGGGAAACUUUUACAAACGACUCUUUCUUCGGCUUUGGCGACCAAGAAACACCAGGCAUCUCUAAGAAAUGCCUUCAUCUGAACGUGACCACAAUAAAUCAGUGUCGAACUAAAUUCUGGUUUAAGCCAGAUCCUACUCCCUGAACCUUCCACUUUCAACAAGCAGGGCCUGAAUUGGAGGUUUCAGAAGAUCUCGUUUAUCAGGCAUCAAGGGAAAAUUAAAUGUACUGAGAGGGCGUUCUGCAAGAACGGAUGGUUAGGGAGAGCUUUGAGCAGAGACGCUUGCUUGCUACCAAGGUCGCUGGGCCGGCUAAGUGAGCUGCAGCCCUCUCGUCUGCGUGGUUCGCCCACAGGGGUAUGUGCAGUUCCGGAGCUUAGGGAGCCUUGACCGGGAGGCACACUUUCAGAGGUAGGAAGCAGGUGGGUUUGCAUUCUAGGCUCGUCUUGGGCACUGAUCCCUGGGAGACUCCGAACAAGCCAAGCCCCUGGACCUCUCUGCACCGGUUUCCUCAUUUGUAAAGCACAGGGGGACUCAGGCCGGGGACCAGAAUCGCCUGGACGGCUUGUUAGCCAAGCACGGUGCACGUGCUGAGCCCCACGGCUAGGACCUCUGCCUUGGCAGGCUCGGGUUGGGGCCUGUAAAUGAGGUGUUGCCGCUGCUGGUUGGGGACCACACUCGGAGAGAUCGUAUGUGUGCAGACCUCUGCAAGAUAGACUCUGAUAAUGACUCUGAUUGCUUUAAAACGUGUACUGUUUGGGGGGGGGGGGG